CUGGGCUCACACUGAGCUGUUGUGUCUCUCUCUCUCUCUCUCUCAGUCUCUGGCUGUCACUCAGCUCGCUGUUUCACCUCCAUCAGACGCACCCAAACGAACAGGAGAAAUCUCAGCCAGCAUGAACCUUUUCUGCUUUUCACUGGAGGGGUCUAUGGACAGCCUGUACGAGGCGGUGCAGAGCUCCACUGACCGCCCACCGCAGCCCAUCCCCAGCCGCUCAUCCAGCCGCUCCUGCAGCCGCUCCUGCAGCCCAGCAGUCCUGCUGGAUAACAACACAAAGUGGCGAGGCUCAGGAAGAUCUAUAUCCAUGGAGAUGCCUCAGCCGCACAGAACCAACUCUCAUAAAAAGAAAAGAAGAACACAUAUAUCCAAAUCUGCAUCAGAUAAUGAAACACUGGAUAACCCGGGCUGUAAUACUGCGGUUUGGCAGGCCGCCAGGAGCCGAGAAGAUUUAGUCCACAUCACCAAUAAUCACAAUGAAGGGCAGCAAUGA